AUGCUAACUGAUGUGGAGCAUAUUUUGUCAAUUCAAAACCUGGUGGUCUCUGCAUUGCUAGUUACUACUAAAGGUGGCUGUCUCGCCUCAGAGCUGUCUUUCCUGCUGGAGCCAAGUGAUGUGAUUGCGGUGAGGGAACGCCCGCUCAUGCUGGACUGUCUGGUGCAGGGUGAGGAGCCGGUCAUGGUUACGUGGCGUAAAAAUGGGGUGCCUUUACCGAACAGCCAGCGGGGUCAGGUGCUGGCGAAUGGCACGCUAUUUAUCAAGAGCUUCCAAAAACGCAGAGAGGGAAGCGAUGCGGAUAUGGGCGAGUAUGACUGCGCUGCCCAAAAUCGCUACGGCAUGCUGGUCAGCCGCAAGGCCAAAGUACAUUUGGCAUCUCUUCCUAAAUUCCACACCCACCCACUGUCUAUGUCUGUGGAUGAGGGGGGCGUAGCUCGCUUCCAGUGUCAGAUAAAUGGAGUACCUGAGGCCAACAUCACCUGGGAGAGAGACAGAGUACCACUCAACACCACUGACAACAGAUACACUCUCCUGCCAAUGGGGAUUCUACAGGUGACAGGCGUGAGGCAGCCGGAUGCAGGGGUCUUCCGCUGUGUUGCCACCAACACGGCAAACACUCGCUACAGCCAUGAGGCCAUGCUCAACAUCACUGGUGGAGCUCCCCGAACCUACAAGGAGCCGGUCAUCCUGUCGGGACCCCAGAAUCUGACCAUCACUGUUCAUCAGACAGCCAUCUUGGAGUGCAUCGCCACAGGAAACCCAAGGCCCAUUGUUUCCUGGAGCAGGCUAGAUGGACGUUCCAUUGGUGUGGAGGGUAUCCAGGUUCUUGGGACAGGGAACCUGAUGAUCUCAGAUGUUUCCCUGCAGCACUCUGGUGUGUAUGUGUGUGCUGCCAAUCGACCCGGCACCAGAAUGAGACGUACUGCACUUGGACGACUCGUGGUACAAGCUCCUCCUGAGUUCCUGCAGUGGCCGCAGUCUGUGUCCAAACCAGCAGGGGGCAGUGCUGUGUUCACCUGUGUGGCCCAGGGCGUCCCCGAGCCUCACCUCAUCUGGCUGAAGAAUGGCAAGGUCCUGAUGCCCGGGCACAAUAUCAAGCUUACCAAUAACAACAGCACUCUGGCUCUGACCCGUAUCAGCUCAGAGGAUGAGGCAAUCUACCAGUGCAUUUCUGAGAACAGUGCUGGCACCAACCAAGCUAGCGCCCGUCUAGCCGUGGCCCAGACUAAAGACCUGCCCAGCGCCCCUCAGGGCCUCACAGCCAGUGUGCUGUCCACCAUUGCCCUGCAGAUCACAUGGAUCCAGCCACCCGCCAAUGUCACUGACAGCAUCAUCGGAUAUGUCCUGCACAUUCGCAAGAUAGGAGAGCCUGACAGUCUGGAGCUGCAGGAAGCGAUCAGUAAAGGUACCUUCCAGCAUGAUGUGACCAACCUGGAACAAGCCACCACCUACUCCUUCUAUCUGAAGGCCUACUCUCCUCUGGGAGCCAGCCAGCAGUCCCACACUGUGGUGACUACAACACUAGGGGGCGUGCCGACACCUCCCACCUUUUUUACCAAGGUGGUGAACUCCAGCGCUGUACAGGUCCUCUGGGAGCUCCCCAGUAAGGCCGGUAAAGCUGAGGGCUUCAGACUGUCCUACCGCAGAGUCCCCCACGCUGACUUUCAGGGCCUAACCCAGCUGCCCUGUCACAUCAAUGCCCACACCAUCUCUAAACUGGAAUUGGGUGCAGUGUAUGAAGUCAAACUUGUGGCAUACAAUGGAAACGGGGAGAGUGACUGCUCCAAGAGACUGGUGUCGCUGGCAGAGGAAGGCAUGAUUGACCAAACCCCUGGAGAGAACAGUCUGUGUCAGUGCAGGGCUGGAGAGGCCUCUCUUGGCAGCAUCGUCAUUGGCAUCCAUAUUGGCACCGCCUGUAUCAUCUUCUGUGUUCUCUUCCUGUUGUUUGGAUACCGUCGCAGUCUGUUUUGCAGUAAAGGGACUCAGGACAGCUGGUCUGUACCAAGGGACAACACAGGACACAAUGGCAUCCCUAAAGAUGGAGCAAACCGCCUAAGACUGGAGUCAUUACCACAGGUGGUCAUUCCAGCGCAGUACCAGGUUGUCAUUGAGCAGCACUUGUCAGGUUUGCGUGGCACAGACACUGGCUAA